AUGGCCACCCAUGUGCUCCUCUUGGGCAUCCUACUCCUGCUACUACCCACACCUGCCCCUGGCUACUGCUACACUGCUGCGCGAUCUGAGUGCCAGAAGGUUCGCAAGUUUUUGCCUGGCUCUUUGCUAGCAGGGGAGGGUGUGGAUGUGACCAAUCUCCAGCGCUCAGGCUCCUUCCCAGUGAACACAGAGACAUAUCUACGGCGGGACCGCACCUGCACCCUCUGCCACAACACACUACAAAAUAAUGCCCUCCGGCGCCUGCCUGUGGCGCUCACCCACUGGCGCGCCCACGGCUCAGGCUGCCAGAGCCACCUGAUCAAGGCCAAGGCCAGUUCCACUGAGGACGUGGCCAAGGAUGCAGCUUCCAGCAUCCGCAAUGACUGGCGGGUGGGGCUGGAAGUAAAUCCCAAACCCAGCACCAAUGUUCGAGUAUCAGUGGCCGGCUCACACUCCAAGGAAGCCAAUUUUGCGGCCGAGAAAACCCACCAGGACCAGUACAGCUUUAGAAGUGACACAAUAGAGUGUCGCUUCUACAGUUUUCGGCUGGUGCACUCUCCGCCACUCCACCCCGAGUUCAAGAAGGCCAUCACCGCCCUGCCCCCCCACUUCAAUGCCUCCACCGAGCCCGACUACCGCAGCCUCAUCUCCCACUAUGGCACCCACUUUAUCCACUCCAUGGAGCUGGGCGGCAGGGUCUCUGCCCUCACCGCCCUGCGCACCUGCGAGCUGGCCCUGGAAGGGCUCACGGCCAACGAGGUGGCGGACUGCCUGGCCGUCGAGGCCCAGGUCAGCAUAGGCAAGCUCGCCGAGUCCUCCAUGGAAUACAAGGCCUGUGAGGAGAAGAAGAAGCAGCAUAAGAUGAAAGCCUCCUUCCACCAGGUCUACCAGGAGCGCUACUCCAAAGUGGUGGGUGGCAGCCACCUCUCCAUGCCCGACCUGCUGUUCGGGAAGCACACCGGGCAAGAGCAAUUCUCAGCCUGGGUGACCUCGCUGGUGGACUCUCCUGGCCCAGUGGACUAUACCUUGGAGCCUCUGCACGUGCUUUUGAAGAAGCAGGACCCACGGCGGGAGGCACUGAGGCAGGCCGUGAGCAAGUACCUGAUGGACAAGGCACGCUGGAAGAACUGCAGCCGGCCCUGCCCCCCAGGGCAGCAGAAGAGCCCCCAUAACCCCUGCCUGUGUGUGUGCCAUGGCACAUCAGUCACCAACCAGGACUGCUGUCCCCGGCAGAGAGGCCUGGCCCAUCUAGCAGUUAUGAACUUCCAGGCCACAGGUCUGUGGGGAGACAUAAUUACUUCCACUGACGCCUAUUUGAAGGUCUUCUUUGGAGGCCAGGAGCUGAGGACGGGCACAGUGUGGAACAAUAACAACCCCCAGUGGAAGACACGGCUGGACUUUGGGAAUGUGAUCCUGGCCACAGGGGGGCCCCUGAGGGUGCAGGUCUGGGACCAAGACUAUGGCUGGGAUGAUGACCUCCUCGGCACCUGUGACCGGGCACCACAGUCUAGCCUAGAGGAGGUGGAGGUGCAGUGUAACCUGAAUCACGGUACACUGAAAUUCUUCUACCUUGCCAAAUGCUUGCCUCACCUGACAGGGGGAACCUGCCUGGAGUACGCCCCCCAAGGACUGCUAGGGGAGCCUCCAGGAAACCGGAGUGGAGCGGUGUGGUGA